AUGGCUUUGGACGUGGCGAUAGGCCCACUACAAAGCCAAAAUGGCAGCCUCUUCGAGAUUGCCGGCCUUACGGGUACCGGGAAAACGCAGUUCCUCUACACACUCGUCGCGAAUCUGUUGAUCGAACAGCCGAACGAGCGCUGCGGUGGCUUGACACGAACGGCUCAUUUCGACCCCUCAAGGCUCAUACAAAUUCUUGAGAAUCGGGCGUAUCAGAAUCCCGCUUCCGCCCUCACCCGAAUAGCCUUCUCACGGAUAAACGGAGCCCGAGCGUUGAUCACGGCGUUGGAGAAAAUUUCGUUCGAUAAUGCGCUCUACGGGACGACGUGCGGCGACUUGAGAAAUGGUCGAUCAAUUGUGACUGAAGUCCUGGGAGCUGCUCGAGGAAAUCGCUACUGUGGGCAACCCCGUGGUGAUAUCAGUAAACGGAAUCACCACAUACGACGAUGUUCCACGGCCACAUUUGGGACAGCAAUGGGUCUCAGCAUCUCGCGCGGCAGCUGGUUUUUGUGCAAAAAGGAGGACGAUUCGAGACAUGAU